UAUAAGCGAUCAGCAAGCACUUCCUCUAAUAAGGAGUUCUAUUUUAGCAAGAGGAACUAUUCCUUAUUAUAAGAGAAUAAAUGUGAAAGAAAGGUCUAUUCAAAAAACUCGAGCCAAAAAUCUUGUCUUUUCAAUGUGA